CCGUUCUGCGGGCACACUUGUUCAAUUUUGUUUUUGUGGGGAGGGCUAAAACCCGCGCAUUGUACAUUAGAAUAAUUCCUAAAAAAUCGUCGUGACGUUGGUGCUAGCUGACCGUGGCACAUCGCAAAGUUAACAAACGUAACCGAAAGUAUUAUCCCUUAUUGUGCCCAGACAAGUGUCAAACGCAGGGGCCUGAAUUAAAUAUAAAAGUAAUACUAACCCAACGGAAAGCAAUUCUACGAAGUGAAAAUGUUCUCACGACCCAGCUUGUGCGGAACUGUGGGCAAAUUGUGCCGCUGCGGCACUUCAGCUACAGGAAUCACUACGGUGGCAGCAGCAACAGUGCCGGCCGCUCGACAUUAUCACGAGGUGGUGGGCGAUAUCGUCUGCCCCUCUCAGGUGCGCGGCAUAGAUCACAUCCGUGAUCCGCGACUCAACAAGGGCCUGGCCUUCACUCUCGAGGAGCGCCAGACACUGGGCAUCCAUGGACUGCAGCCGGCGCGGUUUAAGACGCAGGAGGAGCAGCUGCAGCUGUGCAAGAUCGCCGUGAACCGCUACACGGAGCCGCUUAACAAGUACCUCUACCUGAGCGAUCUGUACGAUCGUAAUGAGCGCCUGUUCUUCCGCUUCCUCUCGGAAAACAUUGAGGAUCUGAUGCCUAUUGUGUACACGCCCACAGUGGGUUUGGCGUGCCAGCGUUUCGGCCUGAUCUACAGGCGUCCCCAUGGUCUCUUCAUCACCUACAAUGAUCGCGGUCACAUCUUCGAUGUGAUGAAGAACUGGCCGGAGCCGAAUGUCCGUGCGAUCUGCGUGACGGAUGGCGAACGCAUCCUGGGACUGGGCGAUUUGGGAGCCUGCGGCAUGGGCAUUCCCGUGGGCAAGCUGGCCUUGUACACGGCUCUGGCCGGAAUCAAACCCCACCAGUGCCUGCCCAUUUUGGUGGAUGUGGGCACCAACAACAUCGAUCUGCUGGAGGAUCCCCUGUACGUGGGUCUGCGACAAAAGAGAGUCGUGGGAAGGGAGUACGACGACUUCAUCGACGAGUUCAUGGAGGCGGUGGUGCAGCGUUAUGGCCAGAACACCCUGAUCCAGUUCGAGGACUUUGGCAACCACAAUGCAUUUAGGUUCCUGGACAAGUACCGCAACACGUACUGCACCUUCAACGACGACAUCCAGGGCACAGCCUCCGUGGCCGUCGCCGGCCUCUAUGCCUCCAAGCGCAUCACGGGCAAGUCCUUCAAGGACUACACAUUCCUGUUCGCCGGAGCGGGUGAGGCGGCCAUCGGCAUCGCCGAUCUGACGGUCAAGGCCAUGGUGCAGGAUGGCGUGCCCAUCGAGGAGGCCUACAACAGGAUCUACAUGGUGGACAUCGACGGCCUGCUGACCAAGAGUCGCAAGGUGGGCAGCCUGGAUGGCCACAAAAUCAACUACGCCAAGGACAUCAAUCCCAUGACGGAUCUCGCCGAGAUUGUCGCCACCAUCAAACCCAGUGUGCUGAUUGGUGCUUCGGCUGCUGCUGGCAUCUUCACCCCUGAGAUCCUGCGCACUAUGGCGGAUAACAACGAGAGGCCCGUGGUGUUCGCCCUGUCCAAUCCCACCAGCAAGGCGGAGUGCACCGCCGAGGAUGCGUACAAGCACACGGAUGCUCGAGUGAUCUUCUCUUCGGGCUCCCCGUUCCCACCGGUCCAGGUCGGCGACAAGACCUUCUAUCCGGGCCAGGGCAACAACGCCUACAUCUUCCCGGGCGUGGGCUUGGGCGUGAUCUGCACUGGCACCCACCACAUACCCGACGAAAUGUUCCUCAUCGCCGCCCAGGAGUUGGCCAACUUCGUGGAGCCCAGCGACAUUGAGCGCGGAUCGCUGUAUCCUCCGCUAUCGAGCAUUCGGGAGGUGUCUAUGAACAUUGCCGUUGGCGUGACCAAAUGUGCCUACGACAGAGGCUUGGCAUCUACCUAUCCGGAGCCGCAGGACAAGCGCAAGUGGCUGGAGAAUCAGCUGUACAACUUCAACUACGAGAGCUCCAUGCCAGCAACCUGGGUCUGGCCCCGGAUGCCCUACAUUAAGACUCGCGAAGAAAGCCCGCUCAUUGCCGCCAUCAAAUAAAAAGCAUUAACGCGUUCAACUGGUUGAUGGCACCGUUCUGUUUUGCAUCUAACACACACUCUACUACUUCCAAGCGUACACCAUCAGCACCAAGCAACCAACCAACAAACCAACCAACCAACAAACCAACCAACCAACAAAACGACUACUAACAAGCCUACUCUAGACUAGUUAAAUUUCAAGUGCUCACUCUAUUUAAUUGUUUGUUGAUCGAUCCGUUGGCUCCGUCAGUCAAACCCUGAGAUUCGAUUCGAUUCUCCAGCUGCAGCCACUCCUGACAUUGUUGACCUAAAAAACUAUUGCAAAAUAUUGUUAAAAACAUUAGGCCAUUUGUCAUGGAUGCAGGAGAGUUAGAAGCUGUGCGCGGUGGGCGACGAAGCCAACGGAUUAGUUCUUAAGUGUAUUUUCAAAUUGUUCAUAGUAUUAUGUAUGUAUGACGUGUUUUUAUAUUUGUAUAAAUUAUGAUGUUAUUAAUUUUGUGAUACCAAAAACCGAUACCAAAUGACGACAAUGACGACUGUGACGAUGACUACGCCUCUGAAAAAGCAAUUACGCAGUAUUCUACUCUAUCCUAA